UGUGGGCGUGGCUCACCCGGCCUCGCCCUCUGACGUCACAUCCGGGGCAGCUCGCACUUCCUGUCAGGUCCAUUCCGAACGGUUUGGGUGCGCAGCGGCUCCGUUCCCGCGGCAGGAUGUCAGCCAGUGUCCCUGGAAACACAAAUGUGCCUGCUGGCAGUAACCGUCGACUUCAGCAAACUCAGCAUCAAGUAGAUGAGGUUGUUGACAUCAUGAGAGUGAAUGUGGACAAGGUGCUGGAAAGAGAUCAGAAGCUGUCAGAGUUGGAUGACCGUGCUGAUGCGCUGCAAGCGGGAGCUUCCCAGUUUGAGACCAGUGCAGCCAAGCUGAAAAGAAAGUAUUGGUGGAAGAACUGUAAGAUGUGGGCAAUAUUGAUAGCUGUUGUUGUCAUUAUCAUCAUCAUCAUUAUUGUCCUGAGUGUGCCCAAAUGAGUUACGGGAGGAAACCCUCACACCGAAGGUGCCUUUCCUCAGCCUUCCCGCUCCAAGCCCGCUGUACUCUCAGCCCACCUACUGCUGUUUAAAGCGAAACUCUUCUGAUGAUUGAAACGUUAACUUUA